UUUAAGGGGGGAGGUUUGUAGCAGCCCGGACUCUCGUUGUUUAACAGCAAAUCUCCACCAGGAAUGAUCCAAACACGUUCAAGGAUUCUAUUAACCCACGACAUUUUCGUAAGAACAUUCCGACAAACGGCGGGUUGUGUCCGGAUAUCUUGUCUGUAAGAGGUGAACAACUUUAGGGCACAGUUUUAGGAGGUGAGGAGACUUCGUUUUCAUCGCGAGUGAAACGCUUGGGAUAAAGGGACUACAAAAACCAGAGCACUGGCUUCACUCGCGGUGAUUCUUCGGUGCUGUUCAGGUUAGCUAGGUGAGAUAAAGGAAACUUGUUGAAUAGAGAAGCAAUACCUUUACGCGUAUGUCUUCAAAAGCUAACUCCACACGUAUCGUGGGAAGUUUUUUUUUUACGCUCCGGUGAUUAUUUGGGUUUUUUCGGAGUUGGGGAGACUCGCAUUCUUUUCUUCUGUCGCACAAGUUUGGCUAAAAAUGCGCAAACUUGUUAGCAAAAGCUUGGAGUAAGCGAGCCUCGGUGACGGGAUACACGGUUUUACUUGGAUUUACCGUUUUUUGGGGAAGUUUUUCUACAUCCAAUCUCAGCUUCGGAGUCUUCUUAUCUGAACAACACUGGCUGUUUGUCAGCCCCCAGCCUGUAAGUCGAGCCCUGUGAAUGCCCCGCUGCUGAUGCCCCACCGCUCUGAAUGGAGUUCAAGUCGCAGAAACACCAGCGGUUGUAGCUCCCUCAGCAGGAUGCUGAUGAGGCCAACUUUACUUCUGUUUCUGGCUUUAUUCGCCCAAGUUUUACGUACGCAGUGCCGGCCUGUCAGCGCUGAUGACGUAUCGGUGGAAACGCAGCCAGAGCUGUUCACGCUCUACCCCGGGAAUCGUCUUGAACUGAGCUGUACUGCCAAGGAAUCCCAUGCUGUCAACUGGACCAAAGACCAUGUGGCAGUCGUGGAUGGAGAACACACACGCAUCCGCAAAGGACAGCUGGAGAUCGAAACUGUUGAGCUGACUGACUCUGGACUGUAUGCCUGCACCACCUUUGGCAACCACAGUGUCUACUUCAAUGUAACAGUUGAUGCCCUGGCCUCCAGCGAGGAUGAUGAUGAAGAUGAAGAGUCCUCAUCAGAAGAAGCCAAGCUGUUGGGUAGUCAGAAGCUGCUGCCCAUGGCCCCACAAUGGGCCCAUCCAGAAAAAAUGGAGAAAAAGCUUCACGCUGUUCCAGCCAGUAAGACUGUAAAGUUUCGGUGCCAGGCCAGCGGCAACCCAACUCCCACUCUGAAAUGGUUCAAGAACGGCAAAGAGUUCAAGAGAGACCAUCGAAUCGGAGGCUUCAAGGUGCGGGACCACGUGUGGACCAUCAUCAUGGAGUCAGUAGUCCCCUCAGACAAGGGAAACUAUACCUGUGUGGUGGAAAACCAGUACGGCAGCAUCAAUCACACCUACCAGCUUGAUGUAGUCGAGCGCUCUCCUCACAGGCCAAUCCUGCAGGCCGGUCUCCCUGCUAAUCGCACCGCAGUGGUCGGAAGUGACGUGGAGUUCGAGUGCAAAGUAUUCAGUGACCCUCAGCCUCAUAUCCAGUGGCUGAAGCACAUCGAGGUGAACGGGAGCAGAGUUGGUCCUGAUGGGUUGCCGUACGUCCGUGUACUCAAGCAUUCUGGGGUCAAUAGCUCGGAUGCUCAGGUGCUGACCCUCUACAAUGUGACUGAGGAGGAGAGCGGAGAGUAUAUAUGUAAAGUGUCCAAUUAUAUAGGAGAGGCCAAUCAGUCGGCCUGGCUGAUUGUCACCAGAUAUGAGCCCACAGCUGGCCCUCAACUUACCCCAGCCAACCACACCUACCUGGAGGUGGUCAUCUACUGCGUGGGCUUCUUUUUCAUCGCCGUCAUGAUCGCCAUCGUAAUCAUCGUCAAAAUUCGCACCUCCUCCAAGAAGAGCGACUUCAACAGUCAGCUGGCCGUCCACAAGCUGGCCAAAAGCAUCCCACUGCGCAGACAGGUGUCUGUGGACUCUAGCUCCUCCAUCCACUCUGGAGUGAUGCUGGUUCGUCCCUCCCGCCUCUCCUCCAGCGGUUCCCCGAUGCUGUCAGGGGUGUCUGAGUAUGAACUGCCACAGGAUCCACGCUGGGAACUUCCACGAGACAGACUUGUUCUUGGGAAGCCGCUGGGUGAAGGCUGUUUCGGUCAGGUCGUGAUGGGAGAGGCGCUGGGUCUCGACAAAGAGAAGCCAAACCGUGUGACCAAGGUUGCUGUCAAAAUGUUGAAAUCUGACGCCACAGAGAAAGACCUGUCAGACCUGAUUUCAGAGAUGGAGAUGAUGAAGAUCAUCGGGAAGCACAAGAACAUCAUUAAUCUGCUGGGAGCUUGCACACAGGACGGUCCUCUGUAUGUGAUAGUGGAGUACGCAUCCAAAGGAAACUUGCGGGAGUACUUGCGAGCUCGGCGUCCGCCAGGCAUGGAGUACUGCUACAACCCAGACCAGGUUCCUGUGGAGAACAUGUCCAUCAAAGAUCUGGUGUCCUGUGCUUACCAAGUGGCCCGAGGCAUGGAGUAUUUAGCCUCCAAAAAGUGCAUCCACAGAGAUCUGGCUGCUCGUAAUGUUUUGGUAACUGAGGACAACGUGAUGAAAAUAGCUGACUUUGGCCUGGCAAGAGACAUCCACCACAUUGAUUACUACAAGAAGACGACUAAUGGUCGUUUACCAGUCAAGUGGAUGGCUCCCGAGGCUCUGUUUGACCGAAUAUACACGCAUCAAAGUGAUGUUUGGUCAUUUGGGGUGCUGCUUUGGGAGAUCUUCACCCUGGGAGGCUCUCCGUAUCCUGGCGUCCCAGUGGAGGAGCUGUUCAAGCUGCUGAAGGAAGGGCACCGCAUGGACAAACCCUCAACAUGUACUCAUGAACUGUACAUGAUGAUGAGGGACUGCUGGCAUGCUGUGCCCUCUCAGAGACCAACAUUCAAACAGCUGGUAGAGGACUUGGAUCGCUGCCUGGCCAUGACAUCCAACCAGGAGUAUUUGGAGCUGUCAGUGCCUCUGGACCAGUACUCCCCCAGCUACCCGGACACCCGCAGCUCCACCUGCUCCUCCGGUGAGGACUCUGUCUUCUCCCACGACGCCGGAGCGGAGGAGCCCUGCCUGCCAAAGUUCCCUCCCCACUCGAACGGGGCGGCCAUAAAGAAACGCUGAUACCUCAUCUCCAUGCAGACAAACAUUGACACUUCCUCCUCCUCAGCUCCCUGCCUCACGGGGUCGGACUCUUCCCCACAUUCCCAGAGAUGAAGCUAAAAAAAAGAAAAAAAAACACUGGUGCUCUGUGAGAAAAAAAGAGCCCGGAGGACACCUUGGAGAACUUGUCGGAUCAAGUGGACUGAAAAAAAAAAGCAGCAGCUUCCCGGUUCUUGGUGGUGACGAUGUUUUUAUGGGGCACUUUGUAUUAACGAGAGUGGCAGUUUGUCACGGUGUCAGGAAAACUCCCUUGACUCUCCACUUUGGGCAUCCCUCGGGUCAGGAGAAGGAAAAGGACUGACUGUGUCAGUUUUAUGUUUUGAUGUUUUUUCCCUCAUCUGUAGAGACGGACAGUGUUCUGCUUUUCAGACCAAAUCCAGAGAAAAUACUACAAAGGGACAUGCAGCACCCUGCUCCACUUCUCCGUUCACCCUUUUCUUGUAAAUACAGUUAGAAAAUUAUAAAUAUGAAUAUAUAUUUACAUUGUACUCUUAUUUUUAUUACCAUAAUUGAUUUAUUUCUUUUGUACAAGGAUGCUUUUGUUUGAUCUAUUUUUAAUAUAGUCUGUAGGGGCAGUCAUUACAUGAGAAUAUCUUAAAAGUGCUGAGGAUUAAACGGCCAGUUUGUUUUUGCUUCCCCUAAAUUUACGACAUAAUCAUCGAUGGAAAAGUAUAUAUAUAUGGUUUUCUAUUUUUUAACCGUACGUGCUCCUCAUGACACAACCUGCAAUACAGUACGACUCCAUGUUUGGGGAUUCUCUCCUGCAGAAGAAAUGGAUUUAUGAAAUUAUGUGUUGACUGUAUGUUUGUGUGUGCGUGUGGCUGAUGUAUGUGUGUGGAAAAGCUCUAUCAUGUCAUUCAGGAUCGGUCAUUUCAAUGAUGGUCACAGCUGUAAAUACUCAGUUUGUACGCCAUGCUGGUUAUCAUCCAGAGUCAUUAUCUUCAGUACACAUCAUGCACUUCCUGUGUGCAUGCCUUUCAUGUGAUGAACUUUAUCUUCUACUGUAAAUGCUUUAACAGGAGUUACAUUCACUGCCAUACAACUUCUGAUGAGGGGUUACAGAACUCGUAUGUCAUCGUAAAAAGGAUUACAUUAAAAUAAAAUGCUAUUGAAA